UUUUUAAAAAGGCUAAAUUUUAAAAAAUUGGGCCGCGGUGCGCAUGCACCACCGAUCCACCCGGAAACCUUUCCAUUCCAGGCUCUCAGGCUCAGCAGACUCAGUCGCAGUCGCUUCUCUAUCUCUCUCGCUCGCUCGGUUCCCCUCGUCUCGCCCCUCCAGCCGCCGAGGACGCGGACGCAGACCGCUCUCCCAUCACUGUUUCCCCCGGCUGCGGCUGCCCGCCCCUCCCUCCUCCGGUCCUCCCGGUCCCGGGACAAGAAGAAGAGGCAACGGAGCACCGCGCAAGACGAUAACACACAGCGCAGCACGCAAUACGCUCAAGAGCGAGCGGAAAGCGAGAGCCGAGCCGAGCCGACCCUCACCCGACCUCCUCCUCCUUGCUGGAUGGCGGAUUGUCUGUGAGUUUUUUUUUCUCCCCCACCCUUACCUUUUCGCCUCCCCCCCACGUUGGGCCGUGUGGGCCGGCCGCGCGCGCCCCGGCGCAUGGCGUCGUCGCGGGUGAUGGCGUCGUCGUCCCCGCCGCAGCACGGCGCCGGCUCGUCGUCCUCGGACCUCGCGCGAUUCAGGAGCAGCAGCGGCAUCGGAUCCAUGAACAUGGACGACAUCAUCCGCAACAUCUACGGCCCCGACGCCGUCAACGCCGCCGCCGGCGCCGGACCGGCGGAGCCCUCCCCGGCGGCGGCGGCGGCGGCCCCGGAGGCUGCGGCUGCGGCGGUGGCGCGGCGGACGUCGGAGGAGGUGUGGAAGGAGAUCUCCGCCGCCGGAGGGCUCUCGGCGCCCGUCCUCCUCCCUCCCCCUCCCGCCGCCUGCUCCGGCACCGGCGGGUCCAGAGGCGGCGCCGCGGAGAUGACGCUGGAGGAUUUCCUCGCCAGGGAUUCCUGCGCCAGGGCCGCGGUCUUGGAGGGGAACAUGGCGCUGGGGUUCCCUGACGCUGACGGAGGGGAUGCGGCAGGGAGCGGCGUGGCGGGGGGAGUAGGAGUAGGCGGCGGGAGGGGAAGCACCAGGAAGCGCGCGCUUCUGGAUCCCGCGGACCGCGCCGUGAUGCAGCGGCAGAAGCGCAUGAUCAAGAACCGCGAGUCCGCGGCCAGGUCCAGGGACAGGAAACAGGCGUAUGUCGCGGAGCUGGAAUCGCAGGUUAUGCAGCUCGAGGAGGAGCAAGCAGAACUGUUAAGGGAGCAGGAGGACCGACGGCAAAACAGGCUUAAGGAGAUGAUUUCAGUGAGAAACAAAUUUUCGGCAUCACUUUUCAAUUUUCAUGCAAUGUAACAAUUUUUUUCCCUUUUUUAAUCUCAAAUUCCAUUUGGCAAAAAUCUCCUUUUUGGGUAGAAAUUUAAUUAGCUCAUUUGCUUGCAAUGCCUGGAAAGAAUGUUUUUUUUUCAUCUUUGAUUGUAAUCUGAGUUCUGAAGAGUGUAUGGCUAUAACAGUUGUGCGUUAGUUAUACGUUUUCAUCUGAUGCUAUAUUAAUAAGUUCUGCCACUGGCUUAAUCUGUUACUGAUAAUUAUCUCAUAGCAUUAUACUGCUUGUCAGUCUGAAGAAUCAUAAUAAUAGUAGUGUUGCUGCUGAUGCUGAUGCUGAUGCUGAUGCUGAUGCUGAUUUGUUGUGAAAGAAAAAUAUUGUUUUAUGGCUGAAAAAUAGUGAUGAUAAGUUCGCUUGCCUUGGACCCUCUUCACUAUCGAUACAGAGGAGGGUGUUUUUUCUACAACAGUUCAUAUACAUAAUGAAAAAUAGUUUCCAAUUAUUCCAGCAUAGCAAUUAAAGGUUCAACACUGAUUUUUUUUCUAUGUCUAUACUAUCAUGAUUUUCUCAAUCUAUUCCCAUGGUUAGUUGAGUACUCUGCAAAUGCAAACAUGCAACAGUUUUUUUUUUCAUUCAUUAAAGAUGUUAACCUGUUU